UUUACGUGUUUUGAUGCCUUUAUUUGUUGACUUGACUUUGAUGAUUUGUAUCAGUUUUGCAUCAAGUACUCAGUGUAUUUACUUGUCAUUCGUGUACACAAAUGUCAUCAACACAAUUUAAAACCAUGUUAAAAAAAUAAAUAAUCCAUUUAUUUAUAAAACACUUAUACAAGUUUUUAAAAUACAAUAAUUAUUUUAAUUGUUAGUGAUAACUGGACAAUAUUUAAUAAUAACUUUUAUUAAGAUAUGACAAACAAUAUUGAAGGUGAAGCAAUAAGACAAGAGUUGAGUAGCCCUCAGAGCAGAAUGGAGAAUGGGUUAGGUUACGAGCCAAUGGACGCGUCGGAACCAGAAGCUGGAGAUGCCGGAGAGGUCCAAGAAAUAUCACCGGACAGUGACCCACUUUCAGUAGAUCCCUCAGCCAUUGACAAUGAUAAUGACAAUGACACUGACACCUUUUCAAUGAAUAUCGACGUGCCAUUUGUGGAAAACGAUAACAAUAUUGAAAAUAUAUCAAACGCUUUGACAAUGAGUCCGCUGAUAGAUGAUGUGUCAGCGGAAGUUCAUUUAAACCAGUCAAUGUCGUUGGCUUCGAGCAACCUGGAGUACACGUCAGUGUCUGAGUAUCGAGAGCUUGAUAAUCCGAGGGUUGAGUGUCUGGGAGUCCGUUAUCCAGAAAUUUCGUCGGCUGAUAGAAAUAGGACAGCUGAUCAAAGAUCCAGUUCUAGUUCUAGUUCUGAUUCAAGUUCUAGUUCUAGUUCUAGUUCUUUUCCGAACGAAGUUCAAAGAGUACCUGAAGUUAAUCCUAGUCAGUCUAAUGAAUCUAACACCAGGACAUCUGAAUCAUGGAGAUCCUAUAAUGAUGAAAUUGAUUUCACGACCCUAAUACCUGCUUACGGAACUCCUGUCAGUCCGAAGUCUAUCAAGCGAGCGGGUCCUUAUAUUCUAGGGCCGCUUAUUGGAACUUCUCCAGUUAGAAGUAUCGUUCAGUGUCUAGCAAGGAAAGCUGGGACGGAUAAAUAUUAUACCAUUAAAAUAUUGACUCUCAAGGAUGACAAUGAAGAGGAAACGCAGGACGAUCGUCAAGGAAAAAUGCUGCUUCAUGCCGAGUAUUCACUACUGAGUUUGCUGCAGAAUCAGGAGGGUGUCGUUCAUCACCACGGAUUUUUUAAGGACUCGGCAUUGGAAGAAAAAACUGUUGCGAAAACUCGUAUCUACACAGGAAGAAUAGUACGAAGGCUUUGUUUGGUUCUCGACUGUCUGACAUCUCAUGAUUUCAAUCCGCGGAAUGAGGAACUGUUAAAUCUCCAGCAUCAUGUGAUACGGGAAAAAAAAUUAUCUGAGAAAGAGAGUUUGUUAAUAUUUACAGACACUGUGAGAAUCGUCGCGGAAUUGCAUAAAAGAAAUAUCGUUCAUCGUGAUUUGAAGCUGGGGAACUUGGUAUUGAAUAGGAAAACAAGAAAGGUCACGAUAACAAACUUUUGCUUGGGUAAACAUUUGGCAAGUGAAAAUGACCUUUUGAAAGAUCAACGAGGCUCACCAGCAUACAUAUCACCGGACGUGUUGUGCGGCAAACCCUACUUAGGAAAACCAUCAGACAUGUGGGCGCUAGGUGUUGUAUUAUUCACAAUGCUGUACGGACAGUUUCCCUUUUACGACAGCACUCCGACUCAAUUGUUCGUAAAAAUAAAAGCUGCGAAUUACCAAAUUCCCAUGGACAACCGGGUGUCCGAGAAAACGAUAAACUUGAUCCGCGAUCUGCUGGUUCUUCAGCCGAGUCGUCGUUUGACUGCAGUCCAAGUUCUUGAGUGUCUUUCAAUAAUAAUCUACACAUUCAAAAUUCCCGCGUCUAUCGGGGAGGAAGAGCAGGUGGUGCCGGACAUCACUGAUAUGAAGGAUGACCCAGUCGAGAAGAAAACAGAGUCAGCUGAAAAAUCAAAGUUACGUUCAUCAAACGAUCUGUUCAAGCAGAUUAAUUUCCGCGAGCAGAUGAUGAUGCUCAUGAAUCAGUCACAGAGUCCACUGGUACCACGUGGCCGUUCUUAUGGACAAAUUCCUGUGCACAGGGUUAAUUCAGAUCCCCGAGAACUUACUCCAGCUGAACUGGAGAUGUACCGGCACUUGAUUCCUAAUGACAAUCAACGUCAGCACUCCCACAGUUCCAGUCGCAGAGAUAAUGUAAUGCGAGCACGUGCUGCUACAAGAUAUCGUCCCAGUUCGCAUCCCCCACGUCAAGCUGCUUUGUCUCAAAGUCAAACACAAGCACCGACCCCAACUCAAAAUCCUGUUUCUGCUCCACAGAAUCCAGCAAAUCAAAAUCCAGCAAACCAACCUGCCGACAAUCCACCUGCUUUGAACAAUACUUCAAAUCCAAAUCGUUCAUUAAAUUGGUGGUAUCCUCAAUUAUCAACAUCUUUAAAUCCAAAUCUUCCACCACGUAGCAGCACCACCAGUACCCCAGAAACAAACACAAACAGCGGAUCAACGGCACGUAGUUCACCUCUGGUGCUGGGAGUUCCAGUAGGAGUGGGUUUACAAGGUGAGUCAAUGAUAGUAAGACCAGCAGUUGCUCCUUAUCGUGAGCCAGAUCCCAUUUUAAAUCCAGUAAAUAUAAAUAAUCAUAAUUUACCAGCUUCUCGUGAUCCCAUGAGCGCAAGAUACGAUCACGCAAGAAUGUCAAUGGCCAUUCGCGCAUCGCUGAUGAAUCGCAAUCAAAGAAAUGCUUCUGAGCAAACGCGGACAAUAUCUAGCGCCACUAGCAACCGAUCAGUGCCGAGCGGCGGCGACGAGAGUCGCAGUCACAGUCAUAGCAGAUUCCGCGAGGCCAUUGUCAAUCAGAUUGUCUCGAUACGCGCAAGGCUACAGCAGGACAGGAUCAACAACAUCGAGCGGCAGAUCGAGAGCGUGAGGAACGGGUUGAUGGGCAAUCCACGAAGCAAUUCUGUUGGUAAUAACACCAGCAGUAGUAGAUAUUCUGUUGCUAGGCGUAAUUUACUGGCACAGUCCCGGCACUUGCCUUAUAUGACCAACUUAAGAUAUUUAUCAACAAUCCGUAAUGUUUCGAAUGAUAUUUCUAGAACCAGAGCUACUGAUACCAGUGACAUAAAUCUAGAUACUGUGAUACAUAAUAAUAUUAAUCAUAAUAGUGUUAAUGAGAUGAGAAAUUCUGUUUCAAGGAACGGAAACAGUGAUAACCGAGAUAACAGAUUUUCGGUUUCAAAUUUUGCUGAUGCUUUACAGCAAAUAGCUAACAGACUUGGACAGUCAUUGCAGCAAACACAUGAGUUCAGUGAAAUAACUAGAGACUCUCGAUUAACUCAACAUGAUUCCAGUGAAUCUUUAAAUGCACGUGACCAAAAUAAUUAAAUAUCAUUGAUAAUUAUGAUAAUGAUCUAGAAGUAAAUAAGGGUAUUAUUUAUUUUCAUACUUAAAAUUUAUUCCUAUUUAACUGCUGAGCUAAAAGACUCGCUUAAAUUUUAUUUUAUUUAUGACAAAUUUAUAGUCACCCACGAGUCCAGACAUUUGCUAACUUAUGUUGACUUUAAGUCAACUAUUUGUGAUUCUGUCACUGGUUGUCAAAGUCAAUAAUAAGUUAGCAAGUUUCCAGCUGGGUCACUUCUGACUUUGAAUACAGGGCAGCUUUGAAUUGGUAUUGAAAAAUUUGUUGACAGGUAACUUUUUUUAAUAAACUUCUGGGUUCUCUUGAUGACAAUUGACGUUAAUUAUCUAGAGUUUAUUAUAAAAUUAAGACCGAGAUACAAAAAAGUAUUCAGAGCUACAAUUAAAUUUUUUUGGUACAAAAUAAAUAGAACCCAACUUUUAAAUCAUCAAUAAAUUUUGUUUUGAGUUCAAAACUCGUCAGUAUUCAGCUCCCUGUUACUUAUUUUGUUUUUUAAAUUAUUUUAAAAUCAAUAUUAUUUGUUUUUAUACUCAUUAAUCUUUAAAAAAAUUUUUAAAACUAAAAAAAAUGAAAGUAAGGGAGUAAAUACUGAUUUUCUAAAAGUUUAUUUUUAUUAUUAUUUUUUUAUUAUCAAAUUUUAUAGGAGUAAUUAAUAAUUACAAAGAAAAAAAUAAAUUUUCCAAUGGAAACUUUUUAUAAACUUUU